GUUAAAGAGGUUCAAUACUGUCAAAAAAUAAUCAAAACCAAAUUCAAGAAACCAUUAAAAAUGAGCAGUGAGGAUGAACAAAAUUUUAAUGCUGCGAAAGAGUGUCAUACUUGUGGUAAGAAAUAUACUAAUGAAGAUAUCCGUGUAAGAGAUCAUUGUCAUAUAACAGGUCAAUAUAGAGGAUCUGCACAUGAAGACUGUAACUUGAAAUUAAGAAUAAGUUCAGAAAAGUUCAAGCUGCCAGUUAUUUUUCAUAAUCUCGGUGGGUAUGAUUCCCAUUUUAUAAUGCAGGAGAUAGGAACAAUUGGAAAAGAGUAUGAAUUAUAUAUUAACUGUAUUCCCAAUAAUAUGGAGAAAUAUAUGGCUUUUAUGCUAGGCAAGCAUUUAGUAUUUUUGGACAGUUUUCAACUUAUGUCCAGUAGCCUAGAUCGUCUUUCAGCCAAUUUACCAAAAGAUAAAUUUAAGUAUACAAGUGAAGUAUUCAAAAAUGAGAAAUUAGAAUUAAUGACCCCAAAAGGUGUCUAUCCAUAUGACUAUAUGGAUUCUUUAGAGAGAUUUAUUGAGACCCAACUGCCAAGCAAAGAUGAUUUCUUUAGCCAGCUAACCCCUGAUGCUAUUAACAGAUGAACAAUACUGUCAUGCCACAAAAGUUUGGGGAACAUUUAAUUUACAGACUAUGGGUGAUUACCAUGAUUUAUACCUGAAGUCUGAUAUCUUACUAUUGGCAGAUGUUUUUGAGAAUUUUAGAAGUACAUGUUUGCAGUAUUACAAAUUAGACCCAUGUCACUAUUACACAUCACCAGGAUUGAGUUGGGAUGCAAUGUUAAAAAUGACAGAAAUAAAAUUGGAGUUAAUGACUGAUAUUGACAUGUUUCAGUUUAUAGAAAAUGGUACACGUGGAGGUACUUCAUACAUCGCCAACCGAUUUGGGAAGCAAAUAAUAAAUACAUGA